UGAGAGCUCACUGUGUUUCUUUACCAACAGAACGGGACCUCAAGACUUCAAGUAUGACAGCCGUUUUAAAGAAAGUUUACCACAUAGCUACUUUUUUCUGGUAUGCUUUUCUCAUUCAGGCUAUUUAUGCAAAGGAGAUUUCAGAUCUGCCACCUGGAUUAUUCGUCUACGGUGGACCCUGGAAAUAUCUUACGUUUUUAAAUCUGGUCAUACAGAUGCUGUUUUUUGGAUUGGGAUCCAUAAAUGACCUCCAACCUGUCGGAAAAGACUCGAAAUCACCUCUAUGUCUUUGCAAGGAUCUGCUCUUUUCUGUCUUUGUGUUUCCAGUUGGAAUGUUUGUAGUCGUACUGUUUUGGGUGAUUUAUGCCUAUGAUCGACAGCUGGUCUAUCCGGCUUCAAUGGACACACUUUUCCCUUCAUGGCUGAACCAUGCUAUGCACACUGCUGUCCUCCCAAUAUUAUUGGGUGAGAUCUACCUGGAGCCGCAUAUCUAUCCUAAAACAAAACACGGAUUAACUGCUUUGGGAAUUGCUGGUCUUGCUUACUUAGGAUGGGUCAUUUGGGUGCAUCAGACUGUGGGAAUCUGGGUUUAUCCAUUAUUGGGGAUGUUUAACAGUGCAGGCUUGACUGUUUUCUUUUUUCAUAACAUGAUUGUGGUGUCACUGUUGUACUUACUGGGACAAAGUUUAAACCAAAAGUUUUGGAGUGAGAAAAGAGGAAUCAAUUUCUGAAAAUAUGUUUAAGUUUUUUAUUGUAACAUUUGUAACAUUUUUGUUUUACUUUAACUUAACAAUUAAUUGUAGAAAGAGAAACAAAAUUCAACAUGUAUUGCACAUGUUUCAAGAAAGAUCUGAGCAUCCUCAUCAUGAUGUACUUGUUCUGUAUCUGAACUCAUUAGUGAUGUUACUCUGCUUUGAUGCUGGACCUGGACCUGUUCAUUAAUAUUCAUUCAUUAAUGCAGGAAAUAAGAUCAAGAUAAUUUCUUAAUCACUUUUAACAGUUAGUGUGUGUAUAUUUAUAUUUCUGUGCUGUUGUUGCUACCUUCUUGAAGGAGGUUCCACCUCAAGCUCUAUACCUUGUGCCUUACAUUUCAAGCAUGUACCUGACUGAAAAGAUUAUUUAAAGAUAAAGUAGUUUAAUGAAGGUGAACACAUCCUCACUGGGAAAUAUAUGGCUGAUUUUUAAAUCUGUUUUAAAAGUUAUAUCAGAGUAUAAUUCGGUCUUACCAGUAUAGCAAUGACAAUUACGACGAAUAAAAACAACAAAAUAACCUGUAGGUGGAAAACAGUUCAAUAAGGAUUAAAUUAAGCAUUUUUGUAUGCACAUUACAUAUGAUUACAUUUAUGUACUAUAUACAGUGUCAAGAAAACGUAUGUGAAACCCUAGAAAUGAACUGAUUUUCAGUUCACAGAAAUCACAGGGAAAAUUCAAAAUGGCCGACUUUCUGUGGGGUAUAGAGCUUGGUUCCACAAUACUUUUUUGUAGGUCUUGAGGUGAUAGAUGACCCAAAUUUCGUAUCUGUACGUUUUCCUAGCGGGAGAGCUGUUCUCUUGAAAUUUUGCAGAUGCCGCUAUCGAGUCAUUU